CAAUUUUAUGUUUUUCUUGCAAAUCUGAGCUUUGCCACCACCAACCCCCGCACUCACCCACUCACAAUUCGCAAAAUACCCCGUCGCUUUCUCUCUCUCUCUCUGCCAUUUCCAAAACCAAAAUACAAAGCAAACUCUGAGGGGGAGAGAGUUACGAAAAUGUCUAUGGCUCUUCGCAGGCUAUCGAGCUCCUUCAACAAACCGCUCAAGCCUUUCGUAAAUGGCGGUUCCAUCUACCACUUGUCUUCUCUGCCCAGCCAAGCAGCGACGGAGGAGAAGGAAAAAGCUCGUGCCACUUGGGUAAAGCAACUGAAUGAUCCGUUGGAGGUUAUCGAUCCCGAAAUCGCCAAUAUCAUUGAACUCGAGAAAGCUCGGCAAUGGAAGGGGUUUGAACUUAUACCUUCAGAAAAUUUCACAUCGCUGUCAGUGAUGCAAGCAGUUGGAUCCGUCAUGACCAACAAAUACAGCGAAGGAUAUCCUGGUGCAAGAUACUAUGGAGGAAAUGAGUAUAUCGACAUGGCUGAAACCUUGUGUCAGAAGCGUGCAUUAGAGACUUUUAAUUUAGAUCCUGCGAAGUGGGGAGUAAAUGUGCAGUCACUAUCUGGAUCCCCUUCCAACUUCCAAGUCUACACUGCCUUGUUGAAACCUCAUGAAAGAAUCAUGGCCCUUGACUUACCUCAUGGUGGGCAUCUUUCACAUGGUUAUCAGACAGACACCAAGAAAAUAUCUGCCGUCUCUAUAUUCUUUGAGACAAUGCCAUACAGAUUAAAUGAAAGCACCGGUUAUAUUGACUAUGACCAGUUGGAGAAAAGUGCUGCACUUUUCAGGCCAAAACUAAUUGUUGCUGGUGCAAGUGCCUAUGCACGCCUUUAUGACUAUGCCCAUAUUCGAAAGGUCUGUGAUAAGCAGAAAGCUGUCAUGCUUGCUGAUAUUGCACACAUUAGUGGAUUGGUUGCUGCAGGUGUUAUCCCUUCUCCUUUUGAGUAUGCAGAUGUCGUUACAACCACAACACAUAAGUCACUUCGUGGCCCUCGUGGGGCUAUGAUCUUCUACAGGAAGGGGGUCAAAGAGAUAAACAAGAAAGGGGAAGAAGUUUUAUAUGACUAUGAAGACAAAAUCAAUCAGGCUGUCUUUCCUGGCCUUCAAGGUGGUCCACACAAUCACACGAUAGCUGGUUUAGCAGUUGCACUAAAGCAGGUUAUGACUCCAGAGUUCAAAGCUUAUCAAGAGCAGGUUCUUAAGAAUUGCGCAAAAUUUGCACAGAGUUUGGUUGAUCUUGGCUAUGAUCUUGUAUCUGGUGGAACAGAUAACCACCUAGUGUUGGUCAAUUUAAGAAACAAGGGUAUUGAUGGCUCAAGAGUUGAAAAGGUGCUGGAGUUGGUUCACAUCGCAGCGAAUAAAAAUACUGUUCCUGGAGAUGUGUCUGCCAUGGUCCCGGGUGGUAUCCGAAUGGGAACCCCUGCCCUUACAUCCAGAGGAUUUCGUGAAGAGGAUUUUGUAAAAGUAGCAGAGUAUUUUGAUGCAGCGGUGAAGUUGGCCUUGAAAAUCAAGGCUGAAAGUAAAGGUACAAAGUUGAAGGAUUUCGUAACUACUCUGCAAUCAAAUGAGCAUUUUCAAUCUGAUAUCACUAAGCUCCGCCACGAGGUUGAGGACUAUGCUAAACAGUUUCCUACAAUUGGCUUUGAAAAGAAGACAAUGAGAUACCGCGAGUGAUGUGAAGGUUUAGUUGUUGGCUAAGAGGCUACCAAUGCCAGCCUCGAGUCACCUUCAUUCUUUAAUGCUAAAGGAGAUGCCAGAUAUGAGAGCUUUGGCAUUUCCGAUUUCUAUUCGACACGAGCCUAAUUUGCGGGCUUAAUGUAUGAAAUUCUUCAUUUUCACUGUUAUCCUUAUCUUGUCAACUGAUUCAUUGGAAGUUUCCCGUCUUGAUUAUUCUUAAUAAUUUGAAGGUUGUAUUCUAUGGUGUACAAUCUUGUCUUUUUUGGGCUCAAAUCUUUUAUCUUCUUU